UUAAUUCUCUUCUUCAUAUCUAUUACACAUGACAAACCAAGUUCUAUCUGUAUCAACAACAAUGGUUUCACAAAACCAUGUCAUUGAUACUGAGGAGGCGAUUAUCAUGGAACACGUUAAGGCUACACAUAAUCCCAGAGGUGAAAUGGAUGUCGAUGCAAGUUCUAUUCUCGAUUUUGUUGAUGACAUCUUCAAUUCCGAUACGAUUCCUCUAAAAGCAACGCAAGACAAGUUAACUCUAAAAGAGUACAUCCAGAAUGAGAUUUCAUCUCAUGUAUUACAACUCUCCUUAAUGGUAGCGUGUAGUUGUUUAAAUAAUGUUGAUAGUCACUCAAUAGCAAUUUGUCUACUAACUACACUAUCAGUGUAUCCAUGGCACACUAAGGCAGUAAUGAUGCUCACUUCAUUUGCGAUCAUCUAUGGAAAAUUUAAAGUUGUCUCACAAUCACGCCAACGCAGAGAAUUGGCCUACAACUUGGCUCUUUCAAAGCAAAUGUCUUCCUCUAACCCUAAAUAUUUAGAGGAUAACUCAAUAAAGUCUGCCUUAGAUCUCGUCAAGCUUAUGGUUGAGCUUAAACAUUCAUCUCCUAUGAUUGUGGCUAACUAUUGGAUAGCAAGAUUUGUUGUUGCUUAUACCAGACUUUGUAUUUUGGACCCCGAGUCCCAAAUUCAACUAUCUGAGCAGUCCAAGUUAUCCACCAAAAUCAAAGAGAUAAUGGCUUCUAGCCACUCACUACUAGAGGCAAAAAGGGCAGAAGAAAAUUAUCAAGCAUUGCUACAUGCUUUUGAUAAUUCUUCGGAUAUUUUGGAGGUUCUUAAAUUAAUAUUUGAUGUAAAAAAUGAUGAAGACGAAGUAAUUCUUCAUCUCAAGUGGUUGCUGGAGAAACUUGAUCGUGGAAUAGUUCAAAAGAAAAUUUCCCCAUGUCGAUUAGAUCUGUUUCGAGGGAAGGAAGUGUUAUUACUAAUAUCAUCUGGCAGACACUUCCCCUCUUAUGUAUAUAAUGCGCCUAGAGGAGUACAGAUGAUUUGGGUUCCUAUUACAAAGGUUGAGAAGAUGGGCCUACAAAUUAUUCAUAAUUAUGUCCAUCUUUUAGGGAGUGUAAUGAUUCGUCACAAACCGGUUGCACAAGUAUUCAGAAGAUUUCUUGAAGAUAAAUGUUUCCCAAUUUUUCAAGUCGGGGGUGAUCCUAUUGUCAUUUCACUGGACAAACGAGGAAGGUUGGUUCAUUAUAAUGCGUUGCACAUGAUACUGACAUGGAGAUAUCAACUAUAUGAAGAGACAACAAUGAACCAUGAUUUACUCCCUUCGUUAGAAAAUGAGUUGAGGGAAAGGACUUUGGGUGCUGACCGCGUGAUUGGUGAUAUUGACAAGCAAAUACACGACUUUGCUAGCCAGGUCCGCAAGAACAUCAACAAUUGGGUGAAUGAUAUUAAGGACAAGAUGAGAAGUUCGUUUCGUUCUUACAAUUACACAAGUGAGAGGGAACAAACUCUAAAUGGUAAAGAAUCAUGGAGCUUUAAACUUGUAGUAUCUUAUGACAUCUUUUACGGAUCCAAACUUGAUGAGUGGGUUGCUGAUGAAGAGUACAUUUUCUUAUGUGGAGGCAAUAACAAUAAACAAGUUCAAGAAUUUAUAUUAAGGAUACAGGAAAUUUGUUCCAAAAUCCAAAUGAAUUGGAGAAUUAUAUACAUUGGAAGAAGUGAAAAAACAUUAUUUGAUGAUGAGGUGAGAAGGAUGUGUGAUUCUACAAUUGAAAAGUAUAGUAUUAAGCGAUUUUGGACACGACUUCAAAGCAUGGCCUCGUCUAGAAUUCAAUAUUUAUUUAAGAUGGGUCUUGACGAAGGGAGUGAUGAAAUUAUGCAAGGAGUCAAAAAUUUGUUAGUUUACGAAGCUGAAGGUUCAACAGUUGGAGUAUGGGGUUUAUUAAGCAAAGGGAAUGGAAUAAUUGCAUGUGAUAUGGGAGAUAAAAUGCUCGGAGUCAUGAAUGAGUACGAGAAGUGGAAGGACAAUGCACAAAUCAAUGGUUUUGAUCGAGCAUUUAAGGAUUGCUAUGAGAUGAUGCUUAGUUCUUCCUCUUCUACUUCAUAUCACCACCCUUGUUGUUUCCUCAAUUAUCCUUCUAAUUUGGACAAAAUCCCAAACACCCAAUCAUGCCCUCAAUGUGAUCACAAUAUGCAUAAAUUUGUCACUUUCUCAUGUUGUCAUACUUUUAUGGAUCGUUAGAGUCAAAUAGAAAUGACAUUGAAAGUGUAUUCUCAUACCAUUUGACAUUGGUUAUGUUCCUCCUAACAUGUGCUUCAAUUUGUCCCUUGAUUAUUGAUU